UGAAAUGUUAGCUCGCUCUUCUCUUCGCUCUCCUCGUUGGCUUCCACUUGGUGCGUAAUUUGGCGACGGUUUUACGCGCCGUUUGGUUUCGUGUUUUUGUUUUUGUUUUUUCUUCUUAUUCUUUCAGUUUUUCUCCUCAUUUCGAGCCAAAUGGAGGAAAAAGUUGUGAUGAAAGCUCCCUAAUCGCCGCCGCCUGACCACCAUGGAGGGAUCCAGCGGGUCUAGUUUCGGAAUAGACACUAUCCUGUCCGCGUCCAACCCGUGCACUUCUGCGCUCAUGAACGGAGACUUUCGUGCGGAUUACCGCGGACAGUCCACCCCUUCCCCGUGCUCGGAAGUGGACACGGUGGGCACGGCGCCCUCCUCGCCCAUCUCGGUUACCGCGGAGCCUCCCGAGCCGCACGGGCUCCUCCAAGACGGCCUUCAUCACCACCACCAUCAGCAGCACCAUCAGCACCACCAUCAUCAUCCUCACCGCCAGCUCUCGCCGCAGCCUCAGGCCCCGCGGACUGCCACCUCCUCUUUCCUCAUCAAGGACAUCCUGGGCGACGGCAAGCCGCUGGCCGCCUGCGCGCCCUACAGCACGAGCGCCGCGGCGCAGUCCCCGCACCAGCACGCGCCCAAGGCGGAGGGGGGCGGACCCGGAGCCGCCGGAGGAGCCGGAGGAGCCGCAGAUCCGUUCAGGAGCAAAGCGGAGCAGGAGGAGAGCAGGAGCAAAGCGGAGAAAAGGGAGGACGCGCAGGGAGACAAGUGCAAAGCCACUAAAGAGGAGGGGGAUCGGGAGAUCUCCAGCUCCAGAGACAGCCCCCCAGUGCGCACUAAGAAGCCCCGGAAAGCGCGCACGGCCUUCUCGGACCAUCAGCUGAACCAGCUGGAGCGCAGCUUCGAGAGGCAGAAGUACCUGAGCGUGCAGGACCGUAUGGACCUGGCGGCGGCGCUCAAUCUGACCGACACGCAGGUCAAAACCUGGUACCAGAACAGACGGACUAAGUGGAAGCGGCAGACGGCGGUGGGUUUGGAGCUGCUCGCGGAGGCGGGAAGUUACUCAGCGCUGCAGCGGAUGUUUCCGUCGCCCUACUUCUAUCCCCCGGGGCUGCUCGGGGGGGUGGACGGCAGCACGGCGGCGGCCGCAGCGGCGGCCAUGUACAGCAGCAUGUACCGGAGCCCCAGCGCGCCGCAUCCCGCGCUCCACAGACCGCCGCUCGUUCCGCGCGUGCUCAUCCACGGGCUCGGGGCGGGGGGGCAGCCAGCCCUCAACCCACUGGGGACCCAACACCCCCGGUAAAAUUACCCAGGGGUGGCGGGGGGAGUUUAUAAUAAA